GACUGACACCAGCAAGGUGGUUGCUGAAACCUCUGAGGAGGGGUCCAAAUUCCCUUACAAGAAGAUCAAACCUAUGGAAAUGCUGACUCUGACAUGCCUGGCUCAUCUUGUACUGUAAAGAAAAUGAGACGCACAAAUAACCGAAAUGUUACAGAGACAUACUUUGAGGGACAGCAUCUGAGUCUUUGGGACCUAAAAGAAAUGGAGUUACGGAACGGAUACCUGUAUAAGAACAACAUCCCUGCUUAUCCUGAAUCUGUGGAGUUCCGUGUACAGAAAGUGUCUCAUGUCACUGGAGAAAGUGGUCUUAGGGCUAUUUUUCUCGAUUCAGGGUUCAGACAGCCACCGGAGCUGGUGGCUAAUGAUCAGCCCCAUUUCCUCUGGUGGGAUUUAGCAGUCACGUCUGAUGACAUAUCCUCAGCUGAGGAGCGUUUCCUCACGUCCUUAUUCCCUCAUCGAAGUUCUGCCCAAGUUCGCAACCAGCCACCCGUCCUUGAGCACUUCACCAGCUCAAAGGCCUUCCAGGAAAAAUCUUCCUAUGGAAACUUCCGCUUCAUCUUUUCACUUAAGGAGCUACUUUGGCUCUAUGGUGAGCAGUUCUGUGGUGACCAAAGUCCAGUUCUGCGUGUGUAUGAGACUGGGCUCUACCGGCGAGAGAUUCUCUAUAAGGUUGUAGUGCAUCCUCGUGACAUAAAUCUUUAUGACAGUUAUCCUCGACUGCCCAAUCGGGAGGACGGUGUGUGUGGGUACUAUGAUGGGGCUUUGUGGUGGUGCUGUCAAGCCCCCUCUGAAACCUACAAGCUGAAGCUUAAGGUGAACAAGUUGAAUUGUAGUGUUCAUGUGAGCCCCCACAGAGAAGAAUACUAUUUGUGGGAUCAUGUGUGUGUAGCUUUCCACAUGGAGCCGGGGUGGGUGUUACGUGUGGACCGGAACAGACUGUUUAAAAGGGUGAAUGCAUGUGAAGUGUCUCAGCCGUGUCUUCUGAGACCUCCGGAGACUCCACUGAGUUUAAAGGAGGCUGAGUGUAUACUAGCUGAUCUUAAGGCCGAAAUGGGCUAGGCUAAAACCACAGACCAUGUAGAUAUUACAUUCACAAGGAAUUGCAAAGAAUAAUGAUGCUAUGCAUGCUAGUUAGAUCAUUUACACCACUUGCCUUCAUUAAACAGCUUAAAUGCACAGCUAAUAAAAAUACAAAGCCUUACUUACAAAGCAACACAUUU